UUUUACGAUAAUCACUGUUCUAUCCAGAUCAGAAUGCAAUACUUCAAUAAUUUUGAAUUAUUGAUAACAUGUAUUGGAUUAUGUUUGUUGAUUGUGCCAACUGUAUUUGCUGACAAAGAAGUUAGUAAAGCAAAAAUAUGCAUUGGCACAAAUGGCCGGAUGUCCGUACCAUCGAACCGUGAUCAUCAUUAUAGAAAUUUACGAGAUCGGUACCUGAAUUGCACAUACAUUGAUGGAAAUUUAGAAUUAACAUGGCUACAAGAUCCAAAUAUGGAUUUAAGUUUUUUACAACAUAUACGUGAGGUAACUGGUUAUGUCUUAAUAUCACAUGUGGAUGUCAAGCGUAUUGUUCUACCAAAGUUACAAAUUAUACGGGGUCGUACAUUAUUCAGUGUGACAAUCAGCAAUGAAAAUUUUGCACUAAUGGUAACUUUAUCAAAAGCAUACUCACUCGAAUUACCAGCAUUACGAGAUAUCAUCAGUGGAAGUGUUGGAAUUUAUAAUAAUUAUAAUUUAUGUCACGUGAAUACGAUUAAUUGGAACGAAAUCAUUUCAGACCCAAUAGGAAAACGUGUUUUUGUUUAUAAUUUCACAUCACCAGAACGUGAAUGCGAAUGUGAUAAAAGUUGUGAAGCUGGAUGUUGGGGUGAAGGACCUCAAAAUUGCCAAAAAUUCUCUAAAGAAAACUGCAGUCCACAAUGUGAUCAAGGACGUUGCUUUGGACCAAAUCCACGUGAAUGUUGCCAUCUAUUUUGCGCCGGAGGUUGUAAAGGUCCCAAACAAAGUGAUUGUCUAGCCUGUAAAAACUUCUACGAUAAUGGAACAUGUACCCAAGAAUGUCCGCCUAUGCAACGAUACAACUCUAUAACAUAUUCCUGGGAAUCAAAUCCCGAAGGAAAAUAUGCAUAUGGAGCGACUUGUGUGAAAAAAUGUCCGGAACAUUUAUUAAAAGAUAAUGGGGCUUGCGUACGAAGUUGUCCGGAAAAGAAAAAAGCUGAAAACGGUGAAUGUAUACCAUGUAUUGGACCAUGUCCGAAAAAUUGUAAAGGUGGCGUGAUUGUACAUUCAGGGAAUAUUAAUAGCUUUAAAAAUUGUACGAUCAUCGAAGGGUACCUACAAAUUUUGGAACAAUCAUUUACUGGUUACCAAGAAGUUUACGCAAAUUACUCAUUUGGAGCUCGAUAUGAAACAAUGCAUCCAGAUAAAUUGGAAGUAUUUAGUACAGUAAAAGAAGUUACAGAAUUUAUAAGUAUUCAAGCAUUCCAUGAAGCAUUUACGAAUUUAUCCUAUUUUCGAAAUUUAGAAACAAUUGGUGGUCGUACCUUAGGUUCCUUUAAUUCAGCACUAUAUAUUGUAAAAACAUCACUACGCUCAUUAAGACUACGUUCACUCAAACAUAUUCAUGCUGGUUCAAUAAAUAUUUUGGAAAACAAGAAUUUAUGUUUUGCGGACAAAAUCGAUUGGUCACGGUUUAAAAAUUCGAAGAAUUAUGCUACGAUGUUGCAAAAUAAUAAAGAUGCAGCUUUAUGUGAAGCAGAAGGACAAAUAUGUAAUCCAGAAUGUUCGAAGCAUGGUUGUUGGGAUGUUGGAGCUGAUCAAUGUUUAUCAUGUGCGAAUUAUAGUUUGGGAACACAAUGUCUUCAAGAUUGCAAUACAUUAGAAGGCUUAUACAAAGCUAGUGCAACACAUUGUGAACGAUGUCACGAACAAUGUAAGUCUACUUGCCACGGUCCAGAAGCAAAUCAUUGUGAUGGUUGCCGUAAUGUUAAAGAUGGUCCAUUCUGUGUUGAAAAAUGCCCAAUAACAAAAUACGUCGAAAAUGGUAUAUGCAAAAAUUGUCAUGAAAAUUGUGAUGGUGGAUGUACCGGUCCUAAGAAUACAAUUGGGCCUGGUGGAUGCAAUUCUUGUGAACGUGCAAUAAUUAACAGUGAUAUGAAAGCUGAACGAUGUUUACAUCCAAAUGACUCAUGUCCUGAUGGAUACUAUUACGAAUGGGUUGGACCCCAAGAACAAGGAUUAUUAAAACCACUUGCUGGUAAAGCUAUCUGUAGGAAAUGUCAUCCACGGUGUAAAAAAUGUACUGGAUAUGGUUUUCAUGAGCAAUUUUGUCAAGAAUGUACGAAUUAUAAGCGCGACGAACAAUGUGAAGACGAAUGUCCUGUGGAUCAUUACGCCGAUAAUAGUACGCACAUGUGUAUACAAUGCCAUAGUGAAUGUCGUGGAUGCACCGGACCCGGAGAUGGAAAUUGUAAUAAAUGCCGAAACUAUAAAUUAUUUAAAACUUCCAUUUCGUUGUUAAAUAGUGAUAAAAAUAUAACAAUCCCAUUCAGAUGUAUUGCAUCGUGCCCACCAGAUGCCCCCUUCAAAAUAUUCCCACAACACAAUGUUGAGCCAUACUGUUCCAAAGAACAAAUUAGUAUGCAAUUAGGAGGUAUGAUCGAUAAUCAAAGAACUCCCGUUGUUCUUGCUACCAUAUUAGUUUGUGCCAUUUUAGUUUUAAUAUUUUUGGGCUUUGUCAGUUAUCAAUGGCGACGCAAAGCAAUGGCCAAAGAGUCAGCAAUGAAAAUGACAAUGGCAUUAACAGGAUUAGAAGAUAACGAACCAUUACGUCCAACAAAUGUUCAACCAAAUUUAGCAAAAUUACGAAUUGUCAAAGAAGCUGAAUUACGCCGUGGCGGUAUAUUAGGAAAGGGUGCGUUUGGUGUCGUUUUUAAAGGUGUUUGGGUACCAGAAGGGGAAAAUGCUAAAAUACCUGUUGCAAUAAAAGUUUUACGUGAAGGUACUGGUUCCAAUACGAGUAAAGAAUUUUUAGAAGAGGCUUAUAUAAUGGCUACCGUUGAACAUCCAAAUUUAUUGCAACUAUUAGCCGUAUGUAUGACAGAACAAUUAAUGUUGGUUACUCAAUUAAUGCCAUUGGGAUGUCUGUUACAUUUUGUUCAAUCGCAUCGAGAACGCAUUGGGUCUAAAGCACUUCUAAAUUGGUGUACCCAAAUUGCAAGAGGAAUGUCCUAUUUGGAAGAAAAACGUUUGGUUCAUCGUGAUUUAGCUGCACGUAAUGUUUUGGUUCAAACACCUAGUUGUGUUAAAAUUACGGAUUUUGGAUUAGCAAAAUUGCUAGACAUUAAUGAAGAAGAGUACAAAGCACCCGGUGGAAAAAUGCCUAUUAAAUGGUUAGCCUUAGAAUGUAUACAACAUCGUAUAUUUACGCAUAAAAGUGAUGUUUGGGCAUUUGGUGUGACUGUUUGGGAAUUAUUAACAUAUGGUGGACGACCAUAUGAACAAAUUUCUGUAAAAGAUGUGCCAGAAUUACUUGAAAAAGGUGAACGUCUUCCACAGCCAAAUAUUUGUACAAUUGACGUGUACAUGAUUAUGAUUAAAUGUUGGAUGCUUGAUGCCGAAAGUCGUCCUUGCUUUAAAGAAUUAGCCGAUGAAUUUGCAAAAAUGGCAAGAGAUCCUGGACGUUAUCUUGUAAUACCUGGAGAUAAAUUUAUGAGAUUACCACAAUUUUCACAGGAUCCUAAAGAUCAUCUUUAUCCAGUUGGAGGAUCUAUAAAUAUGGAUUCAUUGGGAGAUACAGAUGAAUAUUUACAACCAAAAUCACGUGCACCAAUUUCUAUAUCGACAACAACAUCUAGCUCUCCGCCAUUGACUCCACUAAAACCUGGAUGGCCAACAAGUGAAGUGUCUGAAGAAGGUUACGCACCACAAAAUCAACACAACAUGCAUAAAGACCGAUAUCCAGGUGGGCAUGGAUUUAAUCCUCAUCAUAUAAAUGGUAAUGGUAUCAUGGAACCAGGUUCCACAACAAAUAGAUACUGUAGUGAUCCUCUUAAAUUACUAGGAGUAAAUGAAUUUAAUUUGAAAGAAGACGAUGAUUCUGGAUCAUCUGGUAAACGGGACGCUCAAGUGGGUACAAUAAAACUAUCGUUGCCAUUAGAUGAAGAUGAUUAUUUAAUGCCAUCACCGCAACAACCUCAGGGUGUUACUACGUACAUGGAUUUAAUUGGUGAUUCAAACAAACAUCUAGACAGUCAAGUAGCUUCGAAUUCAGGUUAUGGUAAUUAUCCAGACUUUUUACCACAAAUGGGUCAAACGGAGAUUGAUAAUCCUGAAUAUUUAAUGGCACCAGAUACGUUAGGUAUACCAACAACACCCACGCAAACUUUAGGCAUACCAACAAUUUCAGAAAUGAUCACUUCGGCCAAUACUAACGUCCCCUCAUCGAGUAGUGCUAGUAGUGCUGAUACUACCACAACAGCAAUAGUAAAUGAAGUGCAUCGGCCGGUUGUUGGCGCACAAAAAUCAAUUGAAGAAGAAUCUGAUCAUGAAUAUUAUAACGAUUUUGAUCGAUUACAAAGAGAACUUCAACCAUUACGUAAAAGUGAAACGACAGUGUGACCAAGUGUUGUUCCGUUUUAAUUAAUUUUUUUUACGUACAUCUUGCCAAAAUGCAUUCAAACAAAUUGUUAAUAAAUUAAACUAUAGACUUCCAUUUUUUUAAAUCAAGUUUGUGUAAAUAAUUGUAAAUAAUAUUGAAGCCCACAAGCG